UCCUUGAUACCAACUCACUUUGCUUCCUAUGAGGUUUCCCUCUCAUACCCUCUUUCUCGCUCCAAGAAAUCUACAAGGGUGAUUCUUAUGCUGAUGUUGCAGACCAGGCUGUUCCAACAUUCCACGCCUAUGCCAAGUCAGGCGCCGCCACCGGACCAGUCGUGUACGCGAACUACGGAAGGGAGGAGGACUAUUUGACACUCACACAGAUUGGGAUCAACGUUUCAGAAUGCUUAUGAUGCUGGAGCUGCAGGGGUGGUGAUAUAUUCAGAUAGGAAGGACUACGGUGGCGCUGGCAAGGCACGGUGGUUCCCUGAUGACAAGUGGUUGCCGCCGAGCGGGGUUCAGGUGGGGUCGGUGUUUUUGGCCCAGUUGUGGUUAGUGUGAGAGGCUGACUCACGAUGUCUGGUGAAGAUGGUGACAAGAUAUUGAAGUCAACUGGUGACCCUGUUGCUAAGGAUGACUGGCAGGGAAGCCAAGAUGCACCUACUUAUAGGAUUGGACCAGGUCCAGGAAUUUUACACCUCAAUUACACGGGACAGGAUAUUAUAGCCACAAUUCAAAAUGUUAUUGGUGUGAUUGAAGGAGAAGAAGAGCCUGAUAGAUUUGUUAUUCUAGGGAACCGUAGGGAUGCAUGGUCAUUUGGAGCAGUUGAUCCCAAUAGUGGAACUGCAGCACUACUUGAGGUUGCGGAAAGAUUGAGGAAGUUUCAGAAAAGAGGAUGGAAACCUAGAAGAUCAUUUUUCAGAUAUAUGGACACAAUGGUUAUGGCUAUGGCUCCCAAUCUUUCCCUGGAAUUGAUGAUGCUGUAAUAAUAGCAGAAGAUACAAAGACUGUAGAAUCAUGGCUUCGAGUACAACACGAAGUAUGGAGAGUCUGAAGAGUAAUCAAACAGGCCUCGUUAGUUCUCUCGGGUCAACUCACAUGAAUGACGAUUUACAUUUUCUGGCUCGCUGUGGCCAUGAGUUCUGUGAGAUAAUCUUUGAUGCAGAGCAUGUUCCCCACCCUCUGCUGUCUUAUUUACUAAAUGAUGUAAUAGGGGUUUCUUCCCCUAGAUUGGUUUAGUUUUGUAUCUCUGGGCUUUAGCCCUCUUUGUAAUUAAAAAAAAAACAUACAAUUAUAUCUAUUCAGUCUAAUAGAAAUGCGUCAUAACCCCUUUCA